AUGGCUGACUCCGAGAAAAUACAAGUUGUGCGUCUUACUGCAGUGCACUACCAGCACCCAGACCUUGACAGAGCUUCCACAUUCCUGCGCGACUUUGGACUAGUCGAGGUUCUUCGCGAGGACAAGCGAAUUUAUUUUGGUGGGUACGGCUCUGAUCCGUAUCUGUACAUUGCAGAACAGUCCCCCAACGCACGUCGCGCCUUUUUAGGAGGCAUUUGGGCUGUUGGUUCCUUUGACGAUCUCAUCAAAGCUGCCGCCAAACCAAAUGCAUCCGCAAUUCUGGAUGCCGAAGGACCGGGCGGGGGAAAAAAAGUCGUGAUCAUUGAUCCAAACGGAUUCCCCAUAACCUUCAUCCACGGUCAAGCUCUGAAUGAUUUUCAGGGUGAUCUGGCGACGCGAGCCCUGGACAAGGUGGCGCCAGUAGCUAACCAAGCAAUGGAAAAGCCAAGACAGGGUCGGUUUCUUCGAUUCAGCAAGGGGCCAAGCCCAGUUCAUAAACUGGGCCACUACGGAUACAUUGUGCCCAAGGAUGACUUUGAAGAGACCUACAGAUGGUACACCAGCCUGAUCAACAUAGUGCCAUCUGACUCUGUAUACAACCCUGAGACUGGCGAAGAUUCCACUUGCUUCAUGCAUAUUGAUCUGGGUGAAACCUUUACCGACCACCACGCAAGUACUUUCAUUCCCCAAGAUUGCCUUGAUAUACUAACAAUCGUCAAGAGCCUGUUCCUUGGUGCAAAUCCUACCAACCAGAAAGCUUUUGUCCACCACUCAAGCUUUGAGGUAAAUGAUCUCGACACGCAAGCUCUCGGGCACAAUUGGCUUGCCGAGAAGGGUUAUACCAACUGUUGGGGCAUCGGUCGGCAUGUCUUGGGUAGUCAGAUCUUCGAUUAUUGGUUCGAUACUUCGGGCAAUAUUCUUGAGCAUUAUUCUGAUGGUGAUCUUGUCAAUAACAAAGUACCUCCCACGCGAAGUCCUGAAGCCCCUGACUCGCUUCACAUUUGGGGUCCUAAUGUUCCUCUUAGCUUUAUUACAGGGCAGGCAGAUAAUUAA